AUGGGGAAUACAAACAGCUCCACCAGGGAGUCACGAACGACAUCCUCACGGUCACGCUCUGGAACUGCCAACGAUGGAAGCUCUAACACUGGCUCCAACGAGAAUUCCAUGUACAAUGUACGUAGCGGCCGCGGCAGCAGACAGAAUCUGUCCUUCCUUCAUCUGGGUUCCAGCAGUAGAGGAGACCAACAACGCACCGAGGAGCCCCGUCGCGAGACCAAGCAAGAAAGAGAAGCACGCAAGCGUGAGAAGGAACGUGUGGCUCGAGAGAACGAGCGUGAACGGAGUAUGAAGGAGGAGGGUGUCGACGGUGGCUAUCUUGUCACGUUGGGUACAUAUGUUGGUCCUGAGGACUUCAACAAGACGGUCGUGCGCCAACUCAUGAUCGAACGUCGUUUGGCGCCGUUCUGGAAAGGUCUCAAUGACCAUUCCGAGUCGUGGACCGAGAACCAGCUCGUAGCUGUAGCACGAGGACUAGCCCUCCCUGCUCCCGAUGACCCUCCCCUUCCUGACCUCGAAACAACCACUGGCAGCGAUGUCGACUCGCUCACUAUUCCUAUCGCGUCCCGCUCCCAAUCAUAUCAAUCCGAGCACAUGUCGCCUCCUUCAAGCGCCACUUUCCCUCGUCCAGGUGGCUCGUCUCUGCCCUCAGCCUCGGCAUCUCGAGGUCUCUUCCGCGAUCGUGCAAAAACACUCGCAUCUCUCGGUACCUCGAACAAGAACAACAAUGCUUCAUCUACUUCAAUCGCUCCUCAAGAGAUCCGUUUGCCACGAGAACCACGAGUCAAUGGUUCUCCCCUCGAGGCUGUCCUGUACAAAGAUGCUUCAGAAUGCCCCAUCUGUUUCAUGUACUACCCUCCAUAUCUCAACAAGACACGCUGUUGCGAUCAGCCCAUCUGCUCCGAAUGCUUCGUACAGAUCAAGCGUCCUGAUCCCCACCCUCCGGAGCAUCACGAUGAUGACGGAAACCCUACUACUGAUGAAGAAGGAUUACUUGUCUCGGAACCCGCCGCAUGUCCUUUCUGUGUAACGCCUGAAUUUGGUGUCAGCUACCAACCUCCAACCUUCCGUAGAGGCCUUGUGUAUUCAGGCCCAGUGAGCAGCCCAGCUCCGACCAGCGCCCCAUCUCCAGAUGCAUCAUCCCUCUCGCUAGCCGCACCUCCUGGCAGAAGACGUACAACCUCUCUGUCAGCAUCGGCCCCUACUGUUAUUACGACCGACCGAGUACGACCAGACUGGGCAAAGAAGCUCGCUGAUGCUAGAGCACAUGCCCUGCGACGAUCUGCUGCUGCUACUGCUCUGCAUAACGCUGCGUAUAUGCUCGGCAAUCAACAGCCAUCAGACUCGCGCUCAUUUGGUGGUCUCGGCCGCCGUCGCCGUACGCUCCUGGCAGACACCUCUGCCAGUGCAAGUGGCUCAGGUACUCCAAGAGCUGACAAUGGUCAGGUCGGCAGUUUGUCUGAGUUGAUCGCACACAUAGAAGGUCAAGGGUCAAGCACAGAGCCUCGACCUUCAGGUAGAAGGAGUCGUGCCCACGACCUGGAAGACUUGAUGAUGAUGGAGGCUAUACGACUAUCCCUGGCUUCAGAAGAGGAUCGUAAGAGGAAAGAGGAGAAGGAAGUGAGGAAGGAAGCAAAGAAACGAGAAAAGGAAGCUGCAAAGGAGGCCAAGAAAGCUGAAAAGGCCGCCAAGAAGAGCGGAAGUCUCUACAAUGCCAGUAUGAAUGGCAGCACAGCCACCUGGUCUGAUAUGACUCGCUCAACGAGUAAUAUUCCGCGACCACAAACUGCUGUAUCAACAGCUUCAUCGCCUCCACCAGCCCCGCCUUCAGUUAUCGGGAAGGGCAAAGCACCUGCUACCACAUCUUAUGGAUUCAACCCGCUCAGCGAACCUACGUCUACUUUAAACACAGAGGUUGCUGAGCAGACGGCCGAUUCUCAGAGACAUCUCGAGGAGUCAAGAGCUAACCUACCACAAGCAACGCAGCCCAUCUCAUUCCCAGAAGCACUCCAGAAUCGCUCUCACCUUCGCCAUAUCUCGAACGCUUCAUCAGCAGCAUCCUCUAUGCUAGACUCUGCACCCGGAAGCUAUCAGCAACGAAUGCUGAAUCAUCAGAUCUCACCCAACACCAGUGCAACAGUGCUAGACGACGGCACUGGCACACCUGACACACAAUCCGGCACACCUGGCAAUGAUGUGAAUACGGAACCCAUGUUCAAUUUCAAAAGUUUGAGCGAGAUGAUCCGCAACGACGAUAAGGACCGAGAUGCAGAUCAUGUCGAAUUCUUUGAGCAAAAGCCAGAAGAGGAACGCAAAGUUUCGGUGGCAUCGAUUGCAUCAAAUUCCAGAGUCAACGGAUCCGAUGGAUCCUCUGGGCUUUCGCCGUUGAACGAAGACGAGAGGGAGUCGACGAGACAUGGCGAUGCUGUGCAAGUGAAUGAUGAGACGAUGUCACAAACGCAGCGAAACGAGACAAAGCACGCAGGCGAUGUCAAUGUCUUGCACACGUCAGGGACAUCAACCAACUAG